CGUUCUAGUGAUGUUUCCUACAAGGAAGUCGAACUUCCAUGAGCCUGCCCUAUAAAAGCCAGCAAGUUUUCCAGUUUGAACACUUCAGAAAUGAAGAAUGGCAGAUAAGGAACUUCGCAGAGUGAGACCAGGCUUUGUGGACAAGGUGUCCAUAGAAGUAAUUAAACAACUCCUGGAUGGCCUUUUGGUUGAUGGUGUGUUUAAUGAUGGAGAGAAGGAUUCAGUACUUGAAGCGAGUCCUAUCAGAGCACACAAGGCACGUGUUCUCAUUGACAAGGUGAAGAGAAAAGGACCUGAAGCCAGCAGGAGGAUGAUUGCUCGCCUGCAAAAGUUGGACCCAACACUGUACUGUGAGUUGGGUUUGUCCAGUGAUCAGCCUGCUCAGCCAGCUCCACCAGUCUUCUCCAUGAAAGGGCUCUCGAUGUCCAAAAAGGAUGAUCCAGAGGUCUACCCCGUGACCCAAAGUUCCUUUAGGAACCGGGUAGCCCUGCUGAUCACUAAUAUAAAGUUCUCUAAUGAGUCAAUGAACAGAAGGGGAGCAGAGAUAGAUGAGGAGAACAUGGAGAAACUGCUCUCAAGUCUGGGAUAUGAGGUGGUGAAAUACACUGACCUCACUGGAAAGGCGAUUGAUGAGGCUUUAAUGAAGUUCAUUAAACAUCCAAAACUGAAACACACCGACAGUGUGUUUGUGGUUAUCAUGUCUCAUGGAAAGUUGGGGAAAAUCCUUGGGGUUAACUGGACAGAGGACAACCUGGAUGAAUUUCCAAUCAACAACAUUUUCAAACACUUGGGCUCUAAGAGCUGUCCAGAGCUAAUAAACAAACCAAAGGUCAUCAUCAUACAGGCCUGCAGAGGAGAACAAAGAGGAAGUGUUCUGGUCAGCGAAGGUCCAAACACAGCUGAUGAUGUUCCACAGACUGAGGACUUUGAAGCAGACAAGCUUCACUUUGUGCAUCCAGAAAAAGACUUCAUUUCUCUUCUCUCCUGCACACCUGACAUUGAGCUAUUCAGACAUCAUGGGUCUCUUUUCAUCCGUCGCAUUGCGAAGGUUUUCGAAUGGUGCUCACAUCAUGAUGACAUUUUUGAGCUUUUCAGUAAGAUAAGUGUGAUCCUUGUAUUCCCGAAGUAUUUUUUUGCGAGACAACGGAGGCCAAUCAUUAGAUGCACACUGACAAAGCGCUUUUACCCCUCAAUAGCUAGAGGUUUCUACGGGAUGGGAAACGAAGUUUUUAAAUUCUCAGAAAGUGAGAGCAGCAGCUCCGUUAAGCACAAAUAUCACAUCAGCGGUGCAGAAGGUGGUAGAGAAGAAGAAGAAACAUUCAAGGUGGACAGCUCAGAAGAGGAAGAUGAGGAGGAACAUGAAGAUUUUGGAAGCGGUGCAGAAGAUGGUAGAGAAGAAGAAGCUCCCAGAUUCCAGUUUUGCUGUGAAAAAUGCAAAGCCAUCACUCAGACCCAUGGCCAAGAGAUUGUUACUCCUCAGAGGAUUUCAAAUGGAUGUUUCCAGUUGCAGCUGGAAGAAGGCCAGUACGAGUGUUCGGUCACCGGCCUGGUUUUUGAAGCAAGUGAGCGGGUUCUUGUGCAGUACUCUGUCUUAUCUUGGUCCAAAUUCAGCUCCUUCCUGUCGAACUCCUGGAAAUUAGCUGGACCAAUUUUCAACAUCCACACAGUCGAUAAGGACGCGUCUGUCCUUACCUCUAUCCAGUUCCCACAUUCCAUCUGCUUAGCCCAAUCUCUUGACAAUGUCGUGCCGUUCAGCAUCCUGCAUAUGAAGGAUAUGGCUUUCAUUGAGCCAUCUGCAGAGUACUCACGUAGACACGUUAAGUGGAAGGUGACGGUCCUGUCCCCCGUGGGUCCCAUCAUUCCAAUUACCUUGCCAGUAGAGUAUCAUGGGGUGGUUCUGGUCUACAAAAGGCUCUACUGUGACUCCAAUAACUACAGCUUCCAUGUCUACCUGGCUAUAAAUGACCAGUCUUCGAUUAAUGACAUACACGAACAAGUUCACACAUACGAGAAUGAAUACAUCAGGAUCCAAAAGCCUGCUAUGUGUAAACUGGUUGAGGGGACAUUUCACCUAUCGAGCGAGCCGGAGGGACAGAUCCUACCUGAGGAGCUGGAAUUCACUCUAGAUCUAAUCAAGAUAAAAGGCUACUUUGAAGCCGUCUUUGAGGUGCAGCCUCCUUUUAAAUGGUCUGUAAGAAACACGACCACAGAUGAAACCAUUUGGUCUGCGAUCAUCAGAGAAGAUGACUGCCAGGCCAAUUUAAAACAAAAGCCAAGGCAAAGAGCAAAGCGACUGAGGACCAGAAGCAGCUCAGAUGACCAAAAUGCCUAUGGAGAAGAAUCAACGAACUGUGGUCGGAGAGACCUGUCGGAGAAGCAACUCCUGCAGAUCUCAAAGAUGCUUGGGUCAGAGUGGAUGCAGGUGGCCAUCUUCUUGGGCUUAAUGAACAAAGAUCUGGAAGAUAUCAAGGAGACAGAGAGGGAUGUGAACAUGCAGAAGUUUAAGAUGCUGGUAAAGUGGAAGAAUGGAAGGAAGCGAGGAGAGGCCACAGCGAACGACCUGUGGGACGGUGUGAGGGAUCUGGAUGUCUUACCAUCUGAGGUUCAGGAGGUGCUGCAAGAUUUAAUGGACAGAUAAACUGCCAGGUAAAACAUUUGAAUUCAACAAACUGUGGAUUAUCUGUGGGAUGAAGCAAGGAUCUCAGGAGUGCAGUAAAGCAGCAUCAACCACUGGACCAAACCUCACCUCAUCCUCUUUAUUUUCUACACACAGAAGAGUAUUUCUUAUAUUUUAAAAUGUGCAAAUAUGAGCCUUUGUAUCCUAUUACAUAAAGGUGCCUUUAUAUAGCUACUGCAUGGCUGCAAGUGCGAUGUAUGAAAACCCCUUUAGGGAAAAUCCUAUGGAAUAUUUUGUAAAACAGGCAUUAAAACAGAUUUGUGUUCAUAUGUACUCAGUUAUGCUAAUAUUUACUCAUAUAUGUAAUGUAACGUUCAUUGGGAAUGUAAUUAUCUUGCAUUCUGAAUGCUGUGGGUUUGCUUCUGGUUUACUUCGUGACCUCUGGGCAAGGCACUUAACCUCAAGUUCCUUACCUGUCAGUGUGAGAAAGUGUUGAUUUUGUCAGGCUUUUGGGUGAUUGUGCCUUUAGUGUAAAGCACAUUAACUGGUUGGUAUGACUAGAAAAAUGCUAUAUAAAUUUGUUCCAGUUACCAUUUAUUUACAGUCUUUUCUGUACGUAUAAUUUUUGUUUAUUACAAACAUCUUUUUUAAAUUUGUCGAUUUUUCUGCACCUGUUUUAAUCGUAUGUCUAUUAGUGUUUUCUUUUUCUAUGACUGUGGAAAACCUAAAGUUGUUAAAAGUUUUGCAUAAUUAUGCUUCUUAAUGUGGACCAGACAAGAAAACACAUGUGGUUUGAAAAAUAAACCUUUUUUAUGUAUUUUAUAUGGUGAUAGUUUACAUUGAUGACAUGUUUUAAUAUACAAAGAUUUGAAAUGACUUUUAAUUAGAAAAAUAAACUUUCCUUUAAAGGCU